CCAGAUACGAGUCCUCCUUCUACCCCCGACAAAUCGCGCAGUCUCUUCAGCAAUCCAUCGACAACACCCGCCGGCCCGCCGCCCUCAUCCACCGCGUCGUUUGGCAUGGCGAACUCCUCGACCUUUGGGCAGUCCCCAUCCGGGUCGCGAUCGAAUUUCAGCUUUGGCGAGUCCAAAUUUGGCCAGUCUGAUAAUUUCGGCGGCAAUGAUUCACUGUUCUCCUCGCUCUCUUCAUCGAAGCUCCCCCCGCUACAGAAUUCGCUUUUCUCGGGGUCAUUUGCCAACCAACUUGGAGGAUUCAAACCUGUGAAUGCGGGUGGGAAUAACCUCAAGGUACGAAAUCGGAAGCCGCAUAAUUUGAGCCAGAUGAGCGCGGCAACAGAGGACUGGGAAGAUGAAGAUGGCGACGGAGAGGAGAUAGACGAAGAGGAGUUUGAGGAAGAGUAUGAGGAUGAAGAAGAGAAUGAAGAAGUCGACGAAGAGUACGAAGACGAGGAAGAAGGACAGGAAGUGUUUGAGGAGGAAUACGAAGACGAUAUGGAAAUGGAACCUACAAACAAUACUUUCUCAGGCUCGCAAUUCGGGCUUUCAAACAUGUCGUUCGGCCAAAGUGGUGGUCGAAAUGCAGCCGUCCCGCAAAAGCGAAUUUAUUCCAACCCUGGUAACGCAAAGCGCGCCAAGAUUGACGAGCAAUGGGCGGCAUCAUCUCCAAUUACUGCGAAGACGAAGCCUAUUCCACCGAAGAAACCUUCGCAAUUUCCAGCAAUUGCCCGCGACAUGGCCGCUCGAACUAGAGCUGCAGCUGUGACCGAGACUGGUGACGUGGUGCUUCCAACAGACGAAUACGUUGGAGAGCUGUUAGACAAACUGCAAGGGCCUGGUGUUGGCGAUACUGAGGCGGCCGCUCUGUUCUCCCAAACCGUUACCGCCCUGACAGAUCUAUGGACCAUGGCAAGCAUAAAUGAGCGACAGCGCGCCGGCGAAUACAGACCUCAUAAUCGCUUCGGGCCAGGCGAAAACGCAACCGGUAUUGAACAGGCUACAACUGUCGCGUCCUUACUAUUGCAACUUCACCACCCUCCCUCAAAAUAUGCUUCUCGCGGAUUUUUUGGAGGGUCAGCCCCUUCAAACAACCGAAGUUUGAUUCCCUCAGGAUCCGGGGUGAAGACUUCUAUCCCAACCCCCAAGGUCCUAAUCAGUUGGCUCAACGAGAACCAUUUAGGCUCGGCGCAAGAGGUUGAUGCUUUGAAGCAGAUGAGUCCCAACGCAACCGCGUCGCCGGAUUUCUGGGGCAUCGUUCAGGCGGGAGUUUUACGCGGCCGAUUCGGCGACAUGGCCUCACUGCUUCGGUCCGCGGACUUUAAUUACGCUCGGUCUGCAUUGCAAGAUGGAAUUCCUCAAGCUGGAUACCGUGGGGCGCAGCUGCAGAGUAUUCAAAAGGUUGUCAACAAAGCCAUCCAGAUGCUGGAAUUAUCUCCGCUAAACCAGGAAGAUGACUGGGAUAUCGCCGGUUUCGAAUGGGCAGCAUAUAGAAAACGCGUGCGCUCUGCACAAUUAGAGCUUCAAGAUUUUGCCGAGGGCGAGGAAGAGCCGCAAGUACCAUCUGGUCCUCGCUUUGAGGCGUCCAAUUUUGGGGUUUCUGGUAAUUUCAGUGCUGGCCAAACCGGAUUAUCGUUCACACAGUCAUUGCGCAUGGCCGAGAGUCGGGUGCCAUGGUCGAUCUACCAGGGCAUCAAAACCAUUUAUGGUACCAUCCUUGGAGAAACCGAGGCAAUUACGUCUGUUGCUCAGGACUGGUUUGAGGCGACGAUUGGGUUGACAGCUUGGUGGGAUGGUGAAAAUGAUAACCAGUCUCUUGGAGCUUCUUUUUCCGCGAACGAACAUUUGCAAGAAAUGUACCUGCGACGUCUCUCUUCUAGCUUUGGCAUCGUGGCGGAUAGUGAAAAUGCCAGGUACCGACCCGAUCCUUUCGAUAGAUUGCAUAUCGGGGUGGUUUGCGUGUUUGAAGGUGAUGUGAAGGGAGCGUUGAGACUACUUGAAACCUGGUCAUUAUGUGUCGCUACCGCUGUGGCAGAGAUAGCACAUGAGAGUGGAUGGCUGGACUCAGGGCCCGAAUCUCUACCGGGUUUCAGCGAAGACGAUCUGAUGGUGCUGUCUUACGGACAGGACAGCGGCUCUGCUGUUGAUGAGUUGACAAAAGAUGAUAUCCUAGACUCUUAUGCCUAUGGUCUAGGGAAUAGGGACAAGUUCCAGCACAAUGGAUUAACCCGCAAGGGGUGGCAGAUGGCCCUGGAGAUGCUCAGCAGAAUCGAGGAUUCAAGGAGAACGAGAGAACGAGUAUCGGAACUGUUAGAUGUUAUUCCAGUCGACACGUUGGAGCAAGUUGAGCAGGUCAUCAUAAUGUGUGGUGACCUAGGUUUUGAGGAUGAAGGGCGCAAGAUCGCUGCGAACUAUGGCGAACAAAUCAUGGCAGAAGCGGGGUCCAAGAAGGACUGCGAUUACGGGCUAGCGAUGAUCUGCUUCGCUCGAGCACGGUCUAUCCGAAAAUUAAAGGAAAUCGCCAACAACUUGAUUGCCUAUUCUCUUCAACAAUCUCGGGCUUGGCCACCGGACGAGCAGCUCGGAGGGCAAUUGCGGUCUCUGGUCAAGAAUCCCAAAGUGUGUUUGUCGUCGAUCGCCAAAGUCGACGAGGAUGCGGCCGGUAUCCUUCAAUUCUACGCCAGUGGGUAUGCAACCCUGCGUCGGUUUUAUGAUCUUCGCGAUGAGCAGGCUCAGAGUAAAAUGCGGCCAUUGGCACGAAAGCGAGCUGCGGCCGAAGCGCUGGUGGCAGUGAUUCGAAGCUCGGCGGACAGCAUUUACGGUGGACUGUACGACCCGGAACGAGACUCUGCCGUUCUUGUUGACAAUCUUUUGUCUCUUCUGGGUGAAGUCUUGGUUUUUGUCAACGAUUCUCCAUCCUCCAUCCUCUCCGUAGAGCAACAGUCCAUCAUCCUAGCCGCAAUUGAAGACCUCGAGACCGUUGCACCGCGCGUCUUUGCAGCCGUGCAAGAAUUUUUCUACGAAUGUCUGAACGAAUACAUCUUUGAAAAAACCGGAGAAACACGCAAAGGGCCGUCUUCUUCUAGCGGUCUCCAAAAAUCUACGUCUGGCCUGACGACAUCCAGUACCUUUUCCAUGGUUGGCAGUGAGAUGAUGGUUGACCCUAUGGCCAACGGAUCCACCACAACAAACGACAAGGACGGUGACGCAUUGGUCCCACGACCAGACACGACGCGCGAAUACGCAAAAUCUAUUCAGAGAGGAUGGGAUUGGCGAGCUGGUCUUGCCGAAUCUGGUGGUGAUGAAGACGAGAUCAAGCCGGAGAAUAAAGUCCUACGGAUUCUGAGGCUGAGACUUGCAAAGGGGAUGGUUUGGCGGUAG